AUGUUUGGUCGCGGAGCGGAGCGCUUUGUCGACAUUGUGCAAGUAUUAUUUUCACCGCAUCUUUCACGCCUAGCUUCUCUACAGUUUUGGAGCUUGUGUGGGAUACGCCAUUAUCAUCGCCGACGAGCUUCACCUUGUUUUAAGCCACUUUUUCCAGAACAGUCUCUCGUCCACCUUCUCCUUUUUGAUCAGCCGCGAAUUCAUUCUCAUCUUCGUCACGGUCUGCAUCAUCCUCCCGAUCUCUCUCCAGAAGAAGAUCACUGCUCUCCGCUACACGUCCUUCCUCGCGAUCGGCGGCAUCAUCUACCUCACCUUCGUCAUGGUCGGCCAGGCCAUCACCAUCCAUCCCUGCGCCCUCGCCGAAAAAGCCCACUACAUCUGCCAAGACGCCACCUGCGUCAUCGAAGCCAACAUCAAAGAAGCCACCUGCUCCAGCCUCAGCGCCUGCGUGAAAAGCUGCCAAGCGGGCGUGUCGGACCCGAUCAAAUCGAACCUCCAAGGGUUCAUUAUCUCGCGAAACAUCUUCCUCGCCCUGCCCGUGUUCUGCUACGGCCACUGCUCGCAAGUGCAGUUCAUCCCCAUUCUCAGCGACAUGCAGCAGCCCACCAAAAAGCGAGUGACGCUCGUCAUCUUCAUCGCGUAUAUCGUCAUUUUCGCGGUGUACAGCAUCAACUCGCUCGCUGGCUAUAUGUCGUUCUGCGGAUAUGCGGUAAGGUUUGUGUCCCGCUGUGCGAGCUAGGUGGAUAA